UAUGACCCCACAAUGUCUCUGCAUAGUAGAGCGCUGGUCACGACCAAGUGGCUCUUCGAUGCCCUUAAAGCGCGCCCGAAUAACCUACGGGUCCUGGAUGCGUCCUGGUACUUACCCAAACUGAGGCGCAACUCUGCCAGUGACUUUAGGAAGGGGCACAUUCCGGGAGCGGUGUAUUUAGACCUGAUCCGGUGCUGUGAUCAGACCUCCCCGCUGGAUCACAUGCUCCCCUCGGCUGAAGAUUUCUCCGAGUACGCGUCGCGUCUCGGGAUUCCCAACAGCGCGCAUGUGGUGGUGUAUGACGGGAGCGAGCAAGGAGUGUUCUCUGCGCCGCGGGUCUGGUGGAUGUUUCGGGUGUUCGGGCACCGAGACGUGUCCGUGCUGGACGGGGGGCUAAAUGGCUGGGUGCGGGAUGGCUACCCAGUGACCGAGGAGCGCGAUAAACCGGAGCCCACCGAGUACCAAGCCGCCUUCAACCGAACCUGGGUGAAAACAUACGAGGAGAUUUUGGAUAAUAUAGAGACCAAAGAGUUUCAGGUGGUGGAUGCGCGACCUGCCGGGAGGUUCAGAGGAACCGAACCCGAACCGAGAGACAACACUGAACCUGGCCACAUCCCUGGUUCCAUCAACAUACCUUUCACAACUUUGCUGGCCCCCUCGGGUCAGUUUCUUCCUCUGGAUGAACUAAGGACACGGUUUCAGCAGGCUGGCGUGGACCUGCGACGUCCACUGUGUGUAACAUGUGGUGCAGCCGUGACAGCGUGCCACAUCGCCCUGGCGGCUCACGUAUGCGGCCAGCCCAACGUCAGCAUCUAUGACGGAGGCUGGUCUGAGUUUUACACUCGGGCUGCACCUGAACAGGUCAUUUCAGAGGGACGAGGGAAACGCCGGCAAUAUACAGCAAGAUGAAGAACAGAUGGUGGAUUUAAAUACCAGUAUAUUUUGGUACACAGACAACACAAAACCUCAUAAACUUUAUUUCUAUACAAAUAAAAGCUUCUGUUGGAACAGCAUUAAACAUCCAGUUUGUUACAGCUAAAUACUUGAUUUUACAAAACUGCUGUUCAGAAUUUUGACUUCUUUACACAAUUGGGUACUGCCUAUAUCCCAUAUUGCACAACAAAAGAGUGUUGUAUAAUGGGUAGCCAGGAAUCUAACUAGCCUGUAUGGUAAACAUGCCUAUUAGACUGUGCUUAACUAUCACAAUUAGCAGUAUCACCAUUAACAAAUGAGCUCGGUGACGUUAUGAAUACAGGCACUAACCAUAGAUUUUUCUUAAACCUUUACAGCAAACCCAACACAUCCUAAAACAUUAUUUACAGAUGGAUGGACACAGAUGCAGUGCCUGGCCUCACAAAUGCUCUCUCUUGAUCGAAGAGGCACAAAUUUCCAGUUUCAUUUUUCACUACACUCUUUCUUCUAACACUGUGACUUAGAUGUCAAAUAUCCUCUUUGCUCUUAUUUUCCCUUACAUUUUUAAUAUCUGUGCAAAUCUGACUGCUUUGGGUUUAAAACUCUCUUUGCUCUCCCCUCAGUGAGGCUUUGCUGCUAAUUCUUUAUUUUGUUUAAACAAAUAAAUUAAAUCUUGUUAUUUUAUGGUGCCCCUAAAGCCAAAUUUGGUUAAUAGUAUUUUGAUUACUGUAACUCACUACAUGCAGUAGGAAAGCAUCUAUAAUAUGCUUAAUAAUUGUAAUGAACAAUGUGCAUUGGUUCAUAUGUUACAAGUUAAAUAAACCAUUAAAAGUAUUAAACUCACUGUUAUCAUUCA